AUGAAGAAAUCUGGAUUCGUGGCAGCUUCCAUGGCGGCUGUUUCCGCUACAGCUUAUUCUGCUUCUUCCAAAUCCAACACCCAUCAUGAGGUAAGCGUUAAUUUCGUUGAUUUGUUGUUUGUUUUGGUAAUUGCUUCGUGGGUUUAUUCUCUCAACUGCUAUGGGCUAAUGAACUUGGUGAAGUUUCGUGCUCUGUUUCGAUUCCUUCCUGUGUUCUUUGGGUCUGUCCUUUCUUUUUAUAAGUUGAAUUUAAACUUUUCGUGGUUUUUGAUUUGCUCAGGAAACGGCUGUUUCCAUCAAGAAAAGAGAGAAUUCUUCGUCUCAGCAAUCGUCCUCUUCUUCUUCUUCUUCCUCUGA